UUUUGCCUGCCUCUAACUUGAUGCUGGUGUUAGCGGUGUUGGGAUUCAGUGUGGCAGCAGGGGAAAUCUGGGAUAUCUGGGAAAGGGGAGUCGGUGAAAACCGGGACUAAACCGGCAGAAAUCCCGACGAAGCCUUGACCGUCACACCGCGGGGUUUCCCACCGGACACUUCUCCUCUGUCUCCCCGUCGGUGGCUGCGAUUUUUCUCCCAGAAAUCUCCCUGGAUCCGCACAGGUGAUUGAAGCCCUCCUCUCUGUUCUGUGUUGGAGCUGGACUGAGCAGUGUUAGCAGACCAAAGAUGGAUCAGUUGUCAGACGAGGAGGUGGAGGUCAGGGAUGAGGAGGAGGAAGAGGAGGACAGCGAUAAGGACGACCAGGACCUGGAUAAGAUGUUUGGAGCCUGGCUGGGAGAGCUGGACAAACUCACGCAGGUACACAAAAGUCUGGAUGAUGGUCGCCCGGAGCAACCGCCUCAGCAGGAAGCUCCCCUCAGACAGGAGACCAACAUGGCCAACUUCUCCUACAGAUUCUCCAUCUACAACAUCAACGAGGCGUUGAAUCAGGGGGAGAACGUGGACCUCGAUGCUCUCAUGGCGGAUCUCUGCUCGAUCGAACAGGAACUCAGCACCGUCAACACAAAACCCAACAGCACCGGCAGCAUGGCUCGUCUGGGGUUGACCGACACCAAGGUGCGUCAGAAGCCUCCAGCAGGGCGCAGUAGCCGGCAGCAGCCAGCAGGGAGCAGCGGCGGUGGCGGCGGUAGCAGUAGUAACAGUGUUAGCGGCGGAGGGGGCAGCAGCGGGGCGAGCAGUAGCAGCAGCAGCACCAGAGCUUCACCUGCUGGCACUAUCAGAGCUCCCACCGGGCAUCAUGGGAGACCAGCACUGGCCUCUAACUUCAGUCUUGACGACAUCACUGCCCAGCUGGAGAAGGCGUCUCUCAGUAUGGAUGAAGCUGCUCGUCAGACCUCCUCCCACUCCCUUAGCUCCGCCUCCUCCUAUACAUCAGCCACGAUGCGCCGACCCGGAUCGUCUCAGCGCCAACAUCGGCGCACGGGAUCAGUCGGAACAGUCAGCGAACAUGAGGCGCGUUCAAUCGUUCACUCGUCGCGCUCCUCCGUCACCUCGGCGUCCAGGGUUUCUGUGAACUCUGCCUCGUCCAUGGACUCGUUGGACAGCGUUCUUCGCUCCAGUGAAUCAGACGGCCAGCAGCCUUCAGUUAUGCCUUCAGCUGAAGGAGCCAGUCAAAGUCAUCCCCACACAGAGCACUCCUAUUUGGACAGGGAAACCUCUCUGAUUCUGAGAAACAUAGCAGGGAAACCUUCCCACAUGCUGACCAAGGAGGAGCAGGCUGCCAAGCUGAAGGCAGAGAAUAUCCGAGUCGCCCUGGAGAAGAUCAAGGAGGCCCAGGUUAAAAAGUUGGUGAUACGCGUUCAUUUGUCAGACGAGAGCUCAAAGACCAUGAUGGUGGACGAGAGACAGACAGUCAGACAGGUUUUGGACAGUUUGUUAGAGAAAUCUCACUGUGGUUACAGUCCAGACUGGUCACUGGUGGAAACCAUCAACGAGCUGCAGAUGGAGCGGAUCUUCGAGGAUCAUGAGAACCUGGUGGAGAACCUGCUAAACUGGACCAGAGACAGCCAGAACCUCCUGAUGUUCACUGAACGCAUCGAGAAGUACGCUGUCUUCAAAAACCCCCAGAACUAUUUGUUGGGGCGGAAGGAGACAUGUGAGAUGGCUGAAAGAAACAAAGAGGCUCUGUUAGAGGAGUGUUUUGGCGGCAGCUCAGUGUCUGUCCCCGAGAUGGAGGGAGUGUUGUGGCUGAAAGAGGACGGGAAGAAGUCGUGGAAGAAACGCUACUUCCUGCUGAGGGCUUCUGGCAUCUACUAUGUUCCCAAGGGAAAGGCCAAGGCAUCCAGAGACCUGGUGUGUUUCCUCCAGUUGGAUCACGUUAACGUCUACCUCGGCCAGGACUACAAGAGCAAGUACAAGGCUCCCACUGACUACUGCAUGGUGCUGAAGCACCCUCAGAUCCAGAAGAAGUCUCAGUACAUCAAGUACCUCUGCUGUGACGAUGUCAGAACCCUCCAACAGUGGAUCCACAGUAUUCGAAUUGCCAAGUACGGGAAGCAGCUGUACAUCAACUUCCAGGAGGCAAUGAGGAGGACAGAGGCGGCCUACGAUUGGUCCUCCCUCUCUUCUUCCUCCAUCAAGUCAGGAUCCAGCUCCUCCAGCCUUCCAGAGUCCCAGUCCACCCACUCCAGCCAAUCGGACAGUGGCGUUUCAGAGAUGACAUCAUCAGGCCACGCCCGCUCGCAGAGUGUUGUCAGCUCCGUCUUCUCCGACGCCUGGAGGAGAGGAACGCAAGGAGAGAUGAUGAGGAUCGACCCUAUCAGUAGGCCUAUCCCUGUGCGGAUACCCUCCCCCCAGCCCACCCGGACCAGCUACACAGACGGCCUCCUCCCAUCUGAGGAUUCCUCUCCAUCACCGCCCUCUCCACCUCCGCCUCCUCCCCCCAUCGCAAGUGUCGCCCAUCAGCCAGCCGCCACUCCCUCAUAUGUCAAGUACAGCACGCUGGCUCGCCUGCAGAGCCAGAACCAGUCCAUGACACAGCCGACAGGAGCCGCCCCACUUGCCCUUCCCAUCCAGUCUAUCAAAUCCAACUACAAUACCCUCCCGGCUGCUUACAGCUCCUCCCCUCCCCUACCGCCAUCUCCUCCCCCUCCCCCCCCACCCGCAGCACCGGCUCCUGGCUCAGCCAUGGCCGCGCUGAAAUAUGGUCCAUCGAGCCCCUCUGCUCUACCACCGCCACCCCCACUGGAGGAGGACUUGCAGGAGCCCUGCUACCUCCCGCCUCCUCCACCGGAGAGCCCGGAGGCCAAUGGGUUGCCUCUGCCUCCCCUUCCCGAGCCCAUCCCCGACUCCUGCAAUCACCUCUCCAACAGUGGCCUCCAGCAGUUCCUGGCACACAAGUUUCCACACAUGGUGUACGACUUCAGCCCAGAAAUGAGUGAGGAUAAUUCUCCCCCUCCUCCACCUCCAGCUGAGCUUUCUCCCCCAUCCACCCUGCAAGUUCUCCGGCCUCUGUCCCCCAAUGCGCCCCCUCCUGCGCCUCCCAAAACCUUCACCGGUGGUUUUCCCCCUCAAACUGCUCGCAAACCCUCGGGUCCUUCUUCCCUUCCAAUUGCCCUCUCACCUGUGUCACCGACACAGCCCUAUAGCGGCCACGGGCCUGUUAAAAAGCAGCAAAGCUUCUCAACAGGACACUCUCCGAAUCAGCCGCCUCCCACUCUGCCAAAGCAGCACAGCCUCUCCUCCAAAAACCUUGCCCUCUCUCCCUCCUCCUCCUUUUCUUCAGUCUCCAUCGCGGCCGCUACCUCCUCUCUGGUCAAACAGAUUGUCAAUCAGUUCCCGGGAAACUCGGCUACUUCCUCUCUGCCCGCCUCCAACUCUGCUGAAGGAUCUAAGUUCACUGCUCCUCAGUCUCCUCCAGCGGUCAAGGCCAAACCAAAGUGGCAGCCCGGAGGCGUUGUGGCUCCACUGUCCCCAGAGUUCCCCCCUCCUCCUCCUGACAGCUCCCUGGGAGAAUUCCCUCCUCCUCCCUCUUCAUCCUCCUCCAAGACAGGCUCACCCAUAAAGAAGUCGCCUUCCACCUCGUCCACAGGAUCCACCAAGCGGGGGCCUCCGCCAGCCCCACAGAGAGCCUCCUCCAUCCGGUCCAGCUCAUCAGGCGAGACCCAGGAUGAGAGGCCAAAGAAGGUGGAGAGCCUGGUCAACAAAUUUGGCCAAGCUCCUCAAACAGGUACCUCUUCCAGCUCCUCGUCGGCGACUGGGUCUCCUUCAAAGGAUUCCUCCGCGCUUCCCGCGCCGCUUCCUAAGCCGGGGAAGCUGAACUUAGCGAACCUCCCGUUGGCCCUCCAAGGGCUGCAGACGGGCCAGCCCCAUCAGCCCUCUGAGUUCCCAUCCCCUCCCCCACCACCUCCCCCCGCCCAGCCUCCUCGCGUCGACUUGUCGCCUGACUACUUCCCGCCGCCCCCCAGUGACUUUGAGCUUUUCCCUCCUCCUCCCCACCCAUCAGAGUUUCAUCACCCCCCAAAGGUCGCCGUGGUGAACCCCCAGCCUCAGAUGCAGCCGCCUCAACAGCCGGUGCCUUCCUCUUUAUCGUCAUCGACAUGGAAACAAGGUUCGCUGAAAAAGGGAGCGAUCCUGCCUCCAACACUGAACCGGCGGACCAGCAACACGACCCAGUAUGACAUCACAACCGUAAUGCCCCUCUCGCCGCCUCCUCUGUCUCAGACCCCACCUCCCUCCCUGUCCUCUUAUUCUUCUUCCUCCUCGCCCAUCCCCCCCACCUCCCCGAAAUCCCCAGGGCCAAGCACACUGGCACUAAAGCCCCACUUCCUGGAAGACCUCAACCGCACCCUAAAGCGGAAGUCGGUGUCUCGCCACGGCUCGCUCACCUCCUCCCACCUCAUCCCCUCCUCUAAGAUGGAGCCCGUGGCCACCAUGGACGACAUGGCGCUCCUACCGCCUCCUCCCCCCGAGCUCCUGCAGCAGCAGCAGCACGGCGUGCGAGGACACUCCCACACUUUGUCCCGCCACCACAAGCACUCCCACUCCACCAAACAUGCCAACAUCUCAGGCUAUGCAACGCUGCGGCGAGGCCCACCUCCCGCUCCUCCAAAACGGGACCAAAGCACCAAACUGACCAGUGACUGGUAGGGAGCGAGGACACUGGGCGGAGCCUAAAGAACUAAACUGACUAUUUAGGUCUCGUGCAGAGAAGAAAUAAUCAAUGUCUUGUCUUGACUUGUCCGUCUCUCCUCAUCCUAAACCAUGCACCCCUUUGAAUUCCGAGCUAGUAGCAAACCGUCUUUCCUACUCUUAAUCUCAGAUUAUGAUUGUUCCUAUUAUCCUCAUUAUUACUAUCAUUACCAAUACAUGUUUAACCCAAUGCCAUGAGUAAAAAAAAUACAUAUAUAUAUAUAAUAUAUGUAUAUAUAUAUCUGUAUACAAGCAAGCCAGAAAAAAAUCACCUAUCAAGCUUUUUUCACAAUGUCUGUGCAGCUUUGCAUUGAAAUAUACAAAAGACGAGACUUGAAUGACAACAGCAACAGGGACAAUUUGCUGCACAAUAACUGGUACUGCAUGGAGCCGUGGCAAUGGAAGUAAUGUUACCGAUGAAGGGAAGGAGGGAUCCAUGGAAGGAACAAGAGACGCGAAAGUGGGACGAUGUGUAUAGAAAUGUACGUUGUGAACUGGGAGGGGGGAGGGGGAGCAUUGCCGUUUAUUUCAAACUUUUUGUGUGUGUGUGUUUUUAUAUAAGAUUAUUUAAUACUGGAAAGAUAUUAUUAUAAUUAUUUUAAGUUUUUAAGAAGUGUCAAAAGAGAAUGAGUUUGACUGGACCUGGGUCUGUAUUCUCAAAAUAAUGUCAAAGUGUUGAUCAGAGUUACCAAACUGAGUAUAUAUUUGGAUCAUUUCAUCUAAUCAUAUUAAUUUAAACUUAGGGAUUCAUGGCUGAUUGGUUGGUGACUCCCACAGGAUAAGAUUCAAUAUUUAAAUGCACACUGAUUGAACAAAUACUUGUAAAUCAGCUAGAUAAUCAGGCUGUGCUCAGAUUACAGGCGUUAUGAAAUCCCAUUGCCUCAAACAAUAUUAUUACACCUGUUGUUCUCACGUCUUCCCUUCUCAAAGUUCAUGUCUUGGAGGCCAUCAGGACCUAGCUUGCACAUUUAGAUCUGCCUUUCCCUAAUCUCAGCUGUCCUACUAACCCAUUCAAAUUGAAAUGUGUUAAUAUCAAUGAGUUUUGCAUUAUCACGACUGUCAACCAGAACCUC